ACAUGCUAUAUUUGUGAUGAACAAGGCAGAGAAAGUAAAGCAGCCACUGGUGCUUGUAUGACAUGUAAUAAACAUGGAUGUCGACAAGCUUUUCACGUAACAUGUGCACAGUUUGCAGGACUUCUUUGUGAAGAAGAAGGCAAUGGUGCAGAUAACGUCCAAUACUGUGGCUACUGUAAAUACCAUUUUAGUAAACUGAAAAAGAGCAAACGGGGAUCUAAUAGGUCAUAUGAUCAAAGUUUAAGUGAUUCUUCCUCUCACUCUCAGGAUAAACAUCAUGAGAAGGAGAAAAAA